CAAAAACAAGAAUUGUGAUUUCGAAGAGAUGCUGAUAAGAAAAGUUGCAAGCGCUAAUGAAAUGUGCGCGUGGAAGUACCUACCUAAGUACUAAACUCUUAUUGUAUAAUUUUCGAACUAAUUCCAACGUUAAAACUUAUGGGGGGCAAUUAAAAGAAAGGAAUUCCAGGCGGAGGGACAUCAUACGAGUCCACCUUGAUGCAAAUUGCGGCCUUGUUAAAUAUAUUUUUCAAUCGCUGAAGUAGUGUUGCGUUACGAUUAUACCUACACGUUUCUGUUCUCGUAUUUCUUUCGCCAUUUUAGUCAUGGAAACGAAGCAGGAAUAUUUAACAGAUGCACAAAUGGAGGCACUCGACAAAUUUCUAAAUAGUAUCGGUAUUCUAAAUUACGAAUUAAAGUUUUCACCAGCGGUAGAAGACGGUGAAAAUUUCGGUGGUGUGAUAUUGAAAGUUGAUGUGUUGGAAGUGAAAAACGCAGAUCUGCCAGUAAACCAUUUCAUUAUCAAAUGCUCACCUCACAGUGAUAUAAUCCAUGCAGCGGUGCCAUUCGUCAACGUUUAUAAUAUCGAAAUAUACCUAUAUUCAACAGUAUUUUCAGAAUUUCUGCAGAUUCAGAGAGAAAAAAAAGUUGCACAGGUGUGUAAACCAUGUCCAAAAUUCUAUACAUCAUUGACCAAGCAUCGGGAAGAAAUGUUGGUACUUGAAGAUUUAAAACUGAAAGGGUAUGAGCAUCACAAUCGUUACCUGCCCUUGAAUUACGAUCACGUAUUGAUAAUGUUAAAGCAAUACGCGAAAAUACACGCGUUAUCUUACGCCGUUCGUGAUCAAAAACCUCAACUAUUCCAGGAAUUUCAAAAAAACAUGCGUAACCAUUUCUUCGAAGACCUCACUUUUGGUGCCAUCCAAACGUACGUUCAGCAUCGCUUAACCCACGCACUUAAAGCACUAAAUCGUGAUCAGGAUGGGCCAUAUUAUGACAAAUUUGUCUAUUUAGCAGAGAAUUGGAAUUCCGUACUAAAGAGUUUGAUGUCAAAAUCUCAACACCCAGUUGUUUGUCACAUUGACUGUGGUAUUUCUAAUGCACUUUUUAAGUACCAGCACACAAAGAUUCCAACCGAAGUUAUCUUAUUGGACUGGCAACACUCACGCGUGGAUUCACCAGCCGUAGAUCUAGUUGCAUUCAUCCUAUCAUCUGCAGACGCUUCCACACUGGAAAAGUUCGAUGAAUUGGUUGUUGAGUACUAUAAGUCACUAAGUUCAUUUCUGCGGGAGCUUGGAAGUGAUCCAAAUGAAGUAUUGCCGUUUGAAGUAUUACAAUCAGAGCUAAAAACGUACGGAAUAGUUGGUCUCCUCAUGACGGUGUUAUUACUGCACGUUUACGCGGCCGGUAACCAAAAACUGCCGAACUUGGUUACCGAUGAGUCCUAUUCAAGUGGAUUCGUAUUCACAUACAACUUGGAUGAUAGAACACAUUACGAUAGCCGAAUGAGGGCGGCUGUUUCUAAAUUUCACAGAAUGGGUUAUAAUUUUAUGUAGUUUUUUGGACCUCAUUUGAGCGAUUACAGCGUUCAAAAAAACUUGUUAAUACUGUUCAGAAACUUGUAAUCAAGAUUUGGCUCGUUUCCUUCAUUAUAUUGCUCUUAUUGCAACAAUUUUAUGAUUUUACGCAAUUGAUUAUUGCAGAAUUGUUCUCGAACCCAAGUAUCAACGAGCAAAAUCGAAUUCAGGGAGUUAUUAUUUUUAAGACGAAUAGUACAAUUUACUACUACUAUACUAUAAUUUUAUUAUUAAUAAAAAGUUAAUUUGUUGAUAAUUGGUCUCUUAACAUAACAUACAUGUUUAUAAUGCUACACAAGUAUCAAUAUAUAUUUAC